CAUUGUUUACUCAGCCCUGACACAUACUUGACAUGACUCGAACAUUCAGGUCAUUUGACUUGACGAGUUCUUGCAACAUCAGGUAUAUCUCUGGUAACUGGAGGAGCCCUUUCCUCUGCUGUUCAGGACAAGCGAGAUUGCAGCACUGGAGCACGGCACAGUCAAGUUUAAAAUAAACUGUAAACUUAUUAAGAGCUGGAACAGCCUGUACAAAUGGAAGUCUGAAAGUUGGUUUAAUGGGUUGACACAUAAGAUUGAGUAUUGUUGAAAUCUAGCUUGUUGAAUAUAGCACUAUAUUUGAAAUGUAAAGAUCAUUCAGUGACCUGGUGGAAAAAUAGCAAUUGUAUUUGUUUAUCAAUAUAAGGCACCAAUUAUUGUCACACAAAACUCUCUUAACUUGUAUCCUUCAGGCCAGUUGUAUAAAUAAAGUAGACAAAAAAACCAAUCUGCGCAUUAUACCGACAUUCUUACAUCAAGAUCCUUCUCCGUCAUUUUGGUCUGUCGACUACUUUUCUGCUUUCUUUGUACAAUACUUUGACCAGAAAGUUAUGAACGACCGAGUCCUCUGUCCUCUUGGUGUGUUGUGACAGAGUCCUAUAAUCUUGCCAAAGUGAGCUUUAAUCAUUCCUCUGUCACAGAAGAUUGUAGUCUAGUCUUGAUAGAGGGAAACAAAUGACAAAGCACAAGGCCAUGACUAAAUAUUUGGUUUGGUGGGCAGCAGAAAGGGUGUAGAUUUGGGUAAUUUGCUCUCUGUUCCAAUAUCAGGACUGUAUUUAUUUUUUAGCUUCAGUAGAGGAUGUGGGCUCUGCUUACAAAGAGUGUUUUUCAAUGUGCUACCCCAUGUUCUGUUUCUCUUCAUCUACUUUUGCGUUCACCCCCCUUUUUCCAUCAUUCAUGGCUGUAUCUUGGCUGUGUUACAGGUACACCAGAAGCAGGGGCAGCCAGCCGGGUGAUCUGAGUGUUUCCUGACUUUGAUGCGACCCGAGUGUGCCUGGAGCAUGUCCACAGUGGGCCUGACUGCCCAGGAGAUUUCUUUUCCCAUAGAAAACCCCUUCCUGAGGGGCAGCUACUGUCACAGCAUGGCUGGAUCCAAACCCUCCUGGAGCCAUCACCAUGAGCUGGACAACUUCUACUUCAGUAUGAACACUGCACACUCAGAUCACAGCUCUCGUGCUCAUCAUAAAGGGCCACCUCCACCGUCUCUAAAUUAUGAAAGACAGAAACACAGUCCUAGUUCACAGAGAUUACCUCCAAAGAAAUCCCGGCCCUCCCAUCUCUCCUUGUUCUGCAGUGCCGAACCAUCCUCCCCAAGUCCUGCUGAUGACGACCAGGUGGUCCCCUCAUUCCAGAGGCUCUCGGUGUACGAGUGCAGCAGUCCACCACAGACGCCAGACAGAUGCUCCAAGCCUCUGCCCCCCAUCCCUCCACAAACGGACAUCUCCCCUGAGCAGGCUAUGGACAAAGAGGUAGAAUUUUUCACAAGUUCAGACGACAGCCGCUGCCUUGUGUCAGAUCAGUGUCCCAAAUCGUCUCCCUUUCGAUAUGGAGUCCCCAGUCGAAGGAGCUUCAGGGACUGUGGGCAAAUUAACUAUGCUUACUACGACGGCCCAUUAGGACCGCAGAGCCAGAGACAGCCCAAGCAACAGCAUCAGCAUCAGCAUCAGCAGCAGCAGCAGCAGCAUCAGCAUCAGGCACAUCCUCCACAGGAAGUGCGGGAACAGUAUGAGCUGCAGCGACAGGAACUACCGGAGCCAACGGUCUGUCAGAGACAGCAGCAGGACAAAGCUCAGAGGAGACUGCGACGCUCGCACUCUGGCCCAGCUGGAUCCUUUAACAAGCCCUCACUGCUGCGCCUCACGUGCCACAAACGCCACACCCAAAGUAUGGAUAAGGCCGAGGUACCACCCCCUAUCCCUCCACGAACAAUCAAGACAGGAGACUACCGCCGCUGGUCAGCAGAGGUCUCGUCUGGGGCUUACAGCGAUGAGGACAAACCACCCAAGGUGCCACCAAGGGAACCUUUGUCUAGAAGCAGCUCCCGCACUCCCAGCCCCAAGAGCCUCCCAACAUACGUUAAUGGGGUGAUGCCCCCAACUCAAAGCUUUGCACCAGAUCCUAAAUACGUAAGCUGUCGUGGUUUACAGAGACAGAACAGUGAGGGCUCCCCCUGCAUCCUCCCUGAUAUGGAGAACGGCAAGAAGGCCAGCACCACACAUUACUAUCUCCUGCCUCAGCGGCCCGCUUUCGUGGACUCGCCUUGUGUAGAGAGAUUUCUUCGGGUCAUGGAAAGCCCUGCAGCUCGCAAUACAGAUGUAUCAGACUCGGACUGGGACUGUGACACCAGGAGGAAAGCACAUGUGGAUUUAGUUUGAAAAGUUUAAGUGGAAGUAGCAGAGGACUCUUUACAUGAGCAAAAGCCACUUGAAAAAAAUGGUGAAACUGGACGCUAACAACCCUCAAACUGCUGCUUUUACGUUUUUAUUUUUUUAACCCCCUAUGUAUUCUGAACACACAGGGUAUGUGUGCACUGUAUUCAGUUACUGGUAAUGCUAAGUAGCUAUCACGGCUGAGAUACUUAAUGUAAAAACUGUAUCUCUGACAAUAGACUGUGGGAGAAUUCCACAUUGUAGAGCUUACUUUCUAUAUGAUUUUGUUUUUUUACGGCAUUCAAUAUUGUGCGGUUUUUGCUGAUGUCGUGGUACAAGCGGGCCUUGAACCUCAUGUGGUUCAGUGUUUUUCUGUGUCUUGAAGGUUGAGGAUGUUUUGUGAGAUGCAUUGACGCUGCUUUUGUAAGGGACAAAAGGUCAGUAAUUUAAUCAUGAAUCACUUAAUAUAUGAAGUCUCAAUACAAGGCCAAUUAAUUUUUUAACAAAAUGAAGGAUAUUAGCACACAAAUCUCUUUUCUGUUUGCUAUUGUACAUCAACACUGAUGUGGUUUCCCUACCUUGAUGAAGUUUCAGUCUUACUCAGGCUACUAUAUCUGUGUAAAUGAAUGUUUUCCGUGUGUGUGUGUGUGUGUGUGUGUGUGUGUGUGUGUGUGUG